AUGAACCAGCUCCUCGGAGUGUUGAUGCGGUUUCGUCAAGAGCCGGUAGCAGUAACAGCAGACAUCGAGCAGAUGUUUUAUGCCCUCAAGGUAAAAGAUGAGCACCGCAGAUUUCUACGCUUCCUGUGGUAUGAAAACAACAAUCCUGCUGCCGAUAUUGUUACCUAUCAAAUGACCAUCCACAUCUUUGGAAACAAACCCUCCCCGGCGGUGUCUAUCAGCGGACUUAGGAAAACUGCUCAGGAAGCUGAGAAGCAGUUUGGCAGCGAUGUCCGAGAUCUGGUAGAAAAUAAUUUUUAUAUCAUGAAUGAUGUGCUGAAAUCUCUUCCAACUGUGGAGGAUACAGUCAACUUAUUGAAACGGACCCGUGAUAUGCUAGCUACUGCCAACAUUAGGUUGCAUAAGUUUGCGUCAUCUAGUGCAGAGGUGCUAGCAUCGUUUGAUCAAGAAGAGUUAGCUCCGAAUCUGACAGUGUCUGAUCUUUCAAGUAAAAAUGAGGAAGCGAUACAAAGAACGUUAGGUGUCUGUUGGGAUUUGAAGUCAGAUUCGUUUACAUUCAGAGUGGCAGCAUCAAAUAACAAACCAAGUACAAAAAGGAUGGUUCUGUCUGAGGUAAAUGGUGUUUAUGACCUAAUAGGUUUGGCAGCGCCAGUGGUUAUCAAAGGGCAAAAUGCUUCUGCGGGAAAUGACUCAAGAUGGCGCGAACUGGGAUGA